AUGACCAAGCAAGAUGCCAAGGCGGCCACCGCGGCCGACAACGCGAUGUUUGGCGGCGCCGAGCGCCAGCUUCCAAGUGUGGCCUCUACGAUCGACGAGCUCGGCGCCGCGGCGCCCGCCGUCCAGGCCGCGAUCGACGACCUUCAAGGCACCGACGCUGCGGCUCUGCAAGAUCACGAGACGGCAGUCGUGAAGGAACUUGCGACGACCGCUGCGCGCAUGGCUGACGCUCACAAAGUGCAACAUGUCGUCUCGACGGGUACCUUGGCCAGCGCUGCGGACGACUCGGACGAGAAGGAGCCCGCCUUGAAGGUGCGCCGUGUGGACGUUGCCCGCCCGUAUGUGCUUAGCCUCCCGCCCGAGAUUAUCUUCCAACACAUCCUCUCGAUCGUCGCAUGGAAGGAUGUCGAUGCGUUCAUCGAAGCUGUGCCGAUGGUUCCCCUGCCACCGGCGUUUGCAAGCUUCAUGAUGCUUCGUGAUGACUUCGACUUGCACCACCACUGGCCGGCCCUCCGUCUGUUCCAAAUCCCAGAUACGCACUUGCGUCUCGCUCUGGCAGCGCUUCCAGCCUUUCCCUUGAUCUGGUUGUUCGUCGACGAGGCGUGGAAUGCGGAAGUCCGGCUUGCAGUGACGCUGCGCGAGGUCAUUGACGCGCUGCGGCCCGUGCCGCACAUCGAGCUGUUUUGGACCAACGAAGUGCCACACACGGCGCUUUUGGACAUCGUCAACGCGUAUGGCGACAAGGUCGAGGCCGUCCAAUUUAUCAUCUGUCGCUACCUGCCGACAGAGACGGCGGUCUUUGACGCCCUCGCACGCUGCGUCAACAUUCGAAGCGCUUCCUUUAUUUGCGAGGAUUGCCCUAACAAGCUGAGCGCGUGCAUUGAUGCUGUGACGACGCCAGCACACGGUCGCCUCCACUCGCUUGAAGUGCACUCCUACGGUAGGUUGGACGCCUCUCCUAUCGUCGCGUGGCUUCAAAAGCCGUACGCCAAGGCGCUCCGGUUCACCUGCCGUUCUGUGCGCGACGAAGACCGCUUGGCAUACGCCAUCGCCACGUCGCGUGGGCUCACGUCGCUCCAUGUCGACGUAGACAGCGACCGCGGCAAGUUCAUGGGUGAGCUGACUCGGUAUUCUUUGCACCUGACGGACUUUGGCAUGUACGUGCAGUUCGGAGACGACGAUGUCCUCAAAAGACUCAACUGCCGCAAGCUCACGUCGCUCAGCGUGGAAGCCAUUGUAUCAGCGGCGUGGCCGCCUUCUCGGCUCUCGAGCAUUUUUCGCUCUUAG